CCGGUAUAUAGAGUUUCAGUAUGUAAAUAAUGCUUUCAUAGGCCGAAAAUGAUUUGAUGGGUAUUUUGGAUGAUAACUUGCAGCGACGCAGGAAGUAUUUUCAAUUAAACAACGGAUUGGGAUACUGUGUUAUAAAUAAGAGAGAAAACCUCAAAAUGCAUUUCUUGCUUUUGCUAAUAUUAACACUCGGUACAGAUGUUGCAGCACACUCAGGAAAAGAUAUAAAAAUCACAGAUGCCUACUUAACAAGCAUUCUGAAAGGAAAUAAGAUGCAAAAGUUUCAAAGAAAUGCAACAUCCAGUGAAGACAGUAUAGAUUACAGUCAAGAUGAAACAAAAGAGGAUCGCUUUUCAACAGAAACCAAGAGGAUUAACGUUGUUGACAGAUUUGAAACUGGCGAUUCUAGUAACAAUCACAAUACAAAUAACACCGCAAAGGUGUCACCUAACAGCCUUUCAGGAAAAGAAAGAAAAGUGGAACGUGAAUUUUUUUUUAAAUCAGGCGAAGAAAAUGAGUGCAAUAUAUCGAUUGCAAAAAGAAGUAUUGAGUAUUUUCAGAGUAAACUUCUGACAAAUGAACCGCAUUUUGUUCAAUUUCGUAUUCGCUUACCCAGAGACACAAAGCAUACAUCCUCAGAAGAUGUGUUUCAAGGUGGACGAUGGUAUUGGACCUACAAUACAUCCGCUGGACCGUUCCCUUUCUUAUCGUGGAAUUUAGAUUAUGGUUUACUCACGUACGGACUUCUGGAUGUAAAAACUAUUCACAUUCCGUACGUUGAUCUCAAUGUGACUUCCGGUUGUAGCAUUAAAUACGGAACAGAUCUUACAUCUUUCCAAAUAACAAAGGCACUUGUCUCUUUGGUCAGUUUUAAAGAAGUAAAGCACGAUUAUAUCAAAUAUCGUGAAAGCUACUUCUGUUACCUCGUUAUCAACAAAAAUCUACUGGGAACGCUUAGAUACUAUGCAGCUCAGUAUCUUAUAUAUCCAUGUUCAUACAUACGUUAUAAAUGUUGCACAGUGAAUUAUAAUUACACGAGUCAGGAACUUUAUCAUUCCUGUCCAGAGGGAAAAAUUCCAGGAAUUCAUACAUGGACUCAAACUUCUCAUGUGCCUUUUAUUUUGGGAAUUUUACUAGUAGCGUUUUGCCCGAUAACCAUGUUUAAGUUUUUCGCCUGGACUGCAAAACGCGACAGAGUCGUUGGGAAUGAUUUUGAACAAGAUCCUGAAAAUUCCGUCGAGGGUUUCGAAUUAAUUGAAGAGGAAGAAAAUUGGAUUUACGCUGAUGGAAUUAAGUCACCUUUAACAUUUUAUGACCUCUUCAGCUUUGACGUUUUAGGACUUUAUAAUGAAUAUCCUAUUCUUACGUCAAGACUACGUCGACUGCUUUGUCUUAUGUUUGCACCAUUGAUAAUUUACAUUCAGAUUGCAUGGUAUAGUAGAGGAUUGGGUGUGUGGGAUGACGAUGAUAAGAUAACUGUGAACGCUUUAGUCGAAGUUGGAACACCAAUGGGAUUCCUUUUGAUAUGGCGGAUCCAGGAAACAAACAUAAAACCUUUGUCCCUGGUCUUGGAGGUCCGGUAG